AUGAGGCUGAACGUCACAAAUACGUACCACUAUAUCAAGCUUGGAGUUACAAGUGGCUCGGUUGAUGAGGCCAACGACCUGAAUCUCUAUCGUAUACUGAAGGAUUCGAUGAAGGAUUGGUUUGGUGAGAUCGGUGGUUUGGACCCUUCAAACUUGACGACGAUCUGGUCAAAAGACCACCGUGAAGUGGUCAUCAAGGCCCCAGCAGAUCAAGCACACAAGGUUUUGAACACGAUCUCCAUGCACUCUUCUUCUAGCUUUAACCCGGAACCAAGCAGUCAUCCACUCAGCUUACAGAUUCUAUCACAUUCACACUGUUUGGUAAAUUUAUCCCGGAAUGAUCGCUUAGGAAUCUAG